AUGUCCCAAUGGCAGCAGCCUGGGUACCAGUAUCCCAUGCAGACUGGGUACCCCGGCGUGAAUGCCAACUUCCAACAGCAGCCACAACAACCAGGUCAAUUCCAACAAGCACCUGGCCAAUUCCAGCAACCACAGCAAUUCCAGCAAGCUCCUGGAUUGGUUCCCCAACCGACUGGAUAUGUUCCUCCCCGUCCCAUGGCCAUGCAGCAAACCGGCUUUGUGCAAAGUCAGCCCACUGGUUACGGUGGCUUCCAACACCGUCCAGCCCCGCCUCCUCCUCCCGUUCCAUCACUCCCGACUCAGUUUCAAGGACAAGGCAGUAACUUCCUUAACCCACAACUGCCUAAUCGAAGUUUUCUUAAUACUUCGCCGUCGCCGGGGGGCGGAGGGCUAAUGCCUCAAGCAACGGGUUUUCCCGGACAACGACUCGUCGCACAGCCCACGGGUUUCGUCGACCCGCGUUUGCAGAUGAUGUCCAACUCAUUCAUGCCCAUGAAUAUCAGCUCUCCCUAUGGAGCCGGAGGCGCACCGCAGCUUCAGCCGCAGCAACCGGUAUCUCUUCAACAGUCGUUUCAACAAAUGCAGACCCAGAAACCACGUGUGUCUUGGGCACUCGGGAAAGCUGAAAAGAAGCAAUACGACCAAAUUUUCAGGGCUUGGGAUGCACAGAGGACGGGGUUUAUCGAUGGAAAGACAGCAUUGGAGGUGUUUGGGCAAAGUGGGCUCUCGAAGGACGAUCUCGCAAGGAUCUGGGGUCUGGCAGAUGUCGAUGACAGAGGCAAGCUCAACAUCGCCGAGUUCCAUGUCGCUAUGGGUAUCAUCUAUCGCAGGCUCAAUGGCAGCGAGAUUCCUGACCAACUCCCUCCCGAACUCAUCCCCCCUUCUGUUACCGCCAUCGAGGACUCGGUCAAUAUGUUGACCGACUUGCUCAAGAAUGAGCCUCGCUCGCGCACACCUAACAGCGAAGUCUCAUAUCAGCCGCAACGAUCAUUUACCAACACAACUUCAACUCCAGCUGGUCGAGAUGCGACAAUAUAUCGCCAUGAUGACUCGCAGUCGGCCUACAAACCCCGCUCGCGUCACCUAAACCGAGACGAUGUACGGGCAACUGCCGAACUCAACUCUUCCUCAGCAGACUUGAAUGACAUGAAGCGGGCAUUGGCGAAUACCGCGUCAAUGCUGGAUCGAGCUGCAGAACAAGACAAACAGCGAACAGCUGAGGACGAGGAGCUUGAAAGGGAAAUGGAUGACCUGAAGUAUCGCGUUGAUCGUAUUCGCGAGGAUUUGGACUAUGUCUCCCGUGGGCCCCGCUCAGCCGCCAAGGACGAGGAAAAGCGUAAGCUUGAGCGUGAGCUAAUGGAGCUGACGCAUGUCCGGGUGCCGGAGGUUGAGCGAAAGCUUAAGGCUCGGGAGGAGCGCCGUGAUAGGGAGAAAAGGGAGUAUGCGAGGGACAGGGAUCGUCGCAACGACAGGUUUGGGCGAUUUGGAGACAGAGACGAUGACCGUGAUCGUUAUGACCGUGACCGAGAUCACAGGCGGUAUGAGGAUGACCGAGAUCGUGACCGCGACAGGCCAUAUUCUCGCGGUGGGUAUCGCGAAGACCGAGAUUACGACAGAGGCUCGUAUCGUCGUCGUUCACCUUCUAGAGAUCGUGACCGCGACCGUGAUCAAGACCGACAACGUGACCGGGACCGCGAUUAUGAACGUCCUCGAAGUGCCGCCCCUCCAGAACCAGCUCCGGUGGCUCGUCCAGCUCCUUCACCCUCACCGGCCCCUCCCGCAGCCUCCCCAGCCCCAGCGACAAAGAAUAUGACGCCUGAGGAACGGCAAGCAUUUGCUCGUGCUGAAGCCAGGCGACGGGUAGAAGAGCGUAUGAAAGCAUUGGGUGUGACACCCACUCCGUCUCCCGCUGUCGUGGACUCGAGUGUUGAAGAGCGACUUGCCCAAGAGAAGAAGGAAGCUGAAGAAAAGGCCAGAAUCGCUAGUAAAGAAGCAGAGGAGAGGGAAGCCGCGAGACAAAGCCGACUUGCGAAUGAAAAGGCUGUCAAAGACGGAGGCGCGACUGCUCCGACCCCAACUAAAACUGUUUCUGCCGCGCCUCCAGCACCAACGCCCACUUCAAAGGCAGUCCCGCCGCCACCUAAACCAAAAUCAGCUCCGCCUCCGCCUAUUCGACAGAAAGCGGCUCCUCCACCACCAAAGCCACGUAUUACUCCUGUUGCGCCAGCACCACCUAAGGUAGUCGUGCCUGAAGUCGACCCUGAAGAGGAACUAUUCCGCCAGAAGGAGGCAGCAUUGUUGAAACAGCGUGAAGAACGGGCAGAGCGCUUACGGAAAAUGAUGGAAGAAGAAGAAGAACAGGCGAGGAGGGAUGAAGAAGAGAUGCAGAAGCGAAUUCAAGCUAGGAAAAAUGCUCAAGCAGCCAAAGAACGGGAUCGUGACUCUAGCGUCGCGAGUGUCAGCACAAGGUCGCCAUCACCGGUUAUGGUCGUUGCUCCAACACCUCCACCGGCGCCUGUCAGUGUUACAACCCCUCCAGAAAAAGCAAGCGGGACAAAUCCGUUCAGUCGAUUUAUGAAGGAGGGAGGUUCCGCUGCCUCAACACCUGCGACUGCUCCAUCGACUAAUCCUUGGGCUCAAGCUUCUUCUUCCACGCCGGUUGCUACUCCUUCUGUAGCUUCAGCUGCCCCGGUUCGGACCAAUCCUUUCCCGACGGCGGCUUCCAACACCAAAUCGAGUUAUCACACUGCUCCGAAGGACAGUCUCGAUGAUGACUGGGAAGAUAUUCAAGAGAAAGACGACGACGACAGUGACAGUGAUGAUCCGUUAACGUCCAGGGACGCCAGGAAGGAUUUUGCAAAACAGCUUUUCCAAAACAUCUUACCUAGCGCGCCUUCACCUGGUCCAGCUGGAGGCUCGCGAAGUGGAACUCCAGCAACUCCCGCUUCAGCUAGUGCUGGGCCACCACCACCUCCACCACCACCCGCUCCUCCAAUGGCUCCUCCGGCGCCCCCUAUGGCUCCUCCAGCACCGCCACCGCCAGCAAUGGGUGUAACUUCUGCACCUGCUGCGAGACCAGACACAAGUGCGCUUUUGCUUGCCAUUCAAGGCGGCAAAUCUCUUCGCAAGACUGUCACCGUCGACAAAAGCGGGCCAUCAGUGUCUGGAAAGGUUGUUGGUGGAUCGGAGGUCCCGGCCCAUAUCAAUGUUGCCCCACGCGCUCCCUCUCCCGAGCCACCAUCUAUGUCCAUGUCGAACAAUAGUAAUCGUCAGUCCGUUGACUGGUAUGCUGGACUCGCAGCUGAUUCGACACCCAUUGUAGUGGACAGAAUGCCUUCAAUGAGCGAAGAGGUUGAAGAACCAUACGAGCCCCACUUUUCUCAGCCGCAGCCUCCACCAUCUGUCCCCGAUAUUCAUGUCGAGGAUCACGAGUCUACUCCCCAGUCUGAGUCUGACUUGAUGGCAGACGUCGAUAGGACUGUUGAGUUGAAAGUUCGCACGCUAUAUGCAUACGAGGGCGAUGGUGCCGAGGAUAUCACCUUCGGGGAAAACGACAUUUUAAUCGCCAAUCCGUCUAAAACAGGUGGCGAUUGGUGGUUCGGAAGGUCACUUCGCGAUGGACGAUCAGGGAUGUUCCCAAAGACCUACGUUGCAGAAAUCCAACCCACUACCGCCAAGGCCAUCUAUGCUUAUAACGCCUCAAACACGGACGAGUUAUCAUUCGCAGAAGGUGAAACAUUGGAUAUAAUCGAUGCGAGCGAGGAGGAGUGGUGGAAGGUGGAGCGGGCUGGCACGGUCUACAUCGUGCCUGCCGCAUACCUGUCGAUGGAGGAAGGCAGUAUAAGGGCUAAUGAGGCAAGUUUAGAUGACAAUAGACCGACUUUAGAAUCAACAUCAUACUCAACAUCACCACAAACGACAAUCGCCAAAUUGGAUCUUGAAGUUCCUGACGACGACACAUCGACUGACAACGACGAAGAUGACGACUAUUUCUCACUGAGCGAAGACGAUUCAGAAAACGAGGCGGACUCUGAUGCGAGGGAGCACGAACGUCAACGGGUGCUUGAGGCUGCGGGAUUGAUAGUGAAGAAGGAGAAAGAUGUUCAGCCGCCUCCACGACCAGUACGACGACGCUCAAAAGACAAAGCGCCGGGCAGAAGACCACCACCAGCCGCGCCAUUAGCUGACCGUUCGUCUGUUGUGUCAAGUUCUUCGUCUGGGAAGGACCUACCCGCGCUGCCAGAACUGGCGCUGGACGAUGCAUAUGAUAGGUAUGAGUCCUUCCGCGGCCACCACCAGCGGUUGUCGGUUGCUUCAAUCGAGACAAAUCCUGCGGUACCGCCGUCACCGUCAAGUCCAUCGGUGAUGACAACAUCAACAUCAACGGGCAGUGAAGGCGUGGGGAGGGGCUAUUCGCAGCUGCUCAACUUUUUGGGCAGGAAGACACCCAAUAGUGGGGAGGGUGUCUCUGUUGCUGAUCGCAAGGCGACGAUAUCCGGGCCAAUAUUACAGACUCCCGAGAAUGGAUAUGGGUCUAGGUCGAAUAGUCCGGCGUUUGGAAGUUCAUGGGCUAGCUUGGUUGACAAGUCGGCGUUGGAAGGGAUCCCAACUAUGGAGCGCAAACGGCAAGAAGCGAUAUUUGAACUGAUCGUUACGGAGGAGACAUACGUGAAAGACCUACAGCUCAUCGUCGAGACAUUCUACUCGAGCAUGAUGCCUCUUUUAGAGCGGAAAGCGAUCACAGUCGUAUUUGCAAACAUCGAGGACAUCUUGUUGACCAAUACUACCUUCAUGAGUGAGCUGGAGCAGCGCCAGAAGGAAUGCAGGUUGUAUGUUGACCGAAUCGGUGACAUUCUUCAGAGCCACAUGUCGAAUAUGGCUGUCUACAUGGAGUACUGCGUCAACCAAGGCAACGCUAUCAAGGUGCUCAAGUCGUUGCGGGACUCGAAUCCAGAGUUGGCGAGUCAUCUACAGCGCCUCAAAGAAGAUCCACUUGUAAGGAAUCUGGAUUUGUCGAGUUACCUGCUUGCGCCAAUGCAACGCAUCACACGUUACCCACUGCUCAUCAAGCAGAUUCUGAGCUAUACCGAGCUGGGGACCGAACACAAGGCUGUCCACAAAUCGAUCACCACUGCAGAGAAGAUUCUUGAACAUAUCAACGAGUCGAUCAGGGAGCAGGAGGGUCGUGAGACACUGAAGCGCAUUUCGCAGAACUUGUGGAUCGGGCAGGGGAGGCUGGACUUGACUGCGCCGACAAGACAUAUGGGUGCAAGGAGGCUGUUGAAGGAGGGCCCUGAUAUCUUGGUGUUGACGGAUGCGGGGAUGAAGACGCUCUACCGCAUGCCGAUACCGCUCAAUGAGGCCCAGGUCAAAGAUGCUCCCGGAAAUCGAGAUGACACGAUUUUCCAAGUCGCGCUUCCGUACCCGCGCGGAGGCGAUGCCGUGGUUUUAAGAGCAUCUAGUGUGCGGGACUGUCAGCUGUGGACGGAUGCAAUCGAAGCUGCGAGUAGAAAAUGUAGGGAGGCGGAAAAGCUAGGGACAAGAAAGGUUCCCUCCACCUCGUCUUAUUCUCCGUGA